AUGGCAAAGUUUGAAGUGAAGAAAUUUGACGGUCAUAACAACUUUAAUUUAUGGCGCGUCAAGAUGAAGGCUUUGUUGCGACAACAAGGUUUGUCAAAUGUAUUGGAUGGGAAGGUGUCUGAUGAUUCCCUUACAUCGUCAAGAGAAGAAGAAGAUAAGGCAUACAAUACUAUUCUGUUAUCAUUAUCAAAUGGAGUUUUGAGAGAGGUUGCUGAUGAGGAGACUGCUUCUGGUCUUUGGACUAAACUUGAGAGCCUAGAUACUAUUUCCUUGACAGUUAUGAAAUCUACUUUGAAUUCUAAGGGAUUGAGAACUAAAUUGAAUUUGAGGGACACGUAUAAUCAAGCUAGUGGUUUGUUUGUUAAGGGUUCACUAGCAAGGCUAGAUAUAGUGAGAGAGGUUCAGAGAAGAACAUGGAAUGAAUGUCCUAAGCUGAAAAACAAAGAGGAAGGUACUAAUUCCUCUAAUGUCGUUAUCUUUCCUGAAGAAAAGUCUAAUGAUUCAGACAUUGUCUUAGCAAUUAGCAGCUCUAAUAGUCAUUUUGGUGACAGGGAUGUUGUAUUUGAUGAACAAUCCAUGCUUGAUCCUAGAAAUGAGUUUACUAUGUCUACAGGUGAAGAGCAAGAUGAUUCUGAUUCUGAUAGUGGUGCACAGGGUGAGCAAGACUACCAUAUAGCUACUGGUAGAUGA